AAACUCGCUCGGGAGAAUAUUUCGUGAUUAUUGUCGGCGCACGGCACCAAUACAUAUAAACAUUAAUGUCGUAACCGGGAUAUAAAUGUUUGAUAGAGAAGCAUUCGGGCUUUAGUAGCAACUGUCGUCACCACCGCGAUGGAAUCUUUAAGCUUCGACGUGACGAAGAAAACGCUCGCGUUAACAAGAGCGGAACUUCCUGUGCCAGCAGCGAACGAAGUUCGAAUUAGAGUUGCCUACUCCGGGAUCUGCGGGACUGAUCUUCAUAUACUAGACGGAUCGUUCCCGUGCAAGCGGUCAGGUCUUCUCACCCUUGGCCACGAGUUUUCCGGAACAGUCGACGCGGUUGGAUCCUCCGUGAAAAGUCUGAAAGUUGGUCAAAAAGUGGUAGUCGACCCCAACAGUGGAUGCAAUACUUGUGAUUACUGUCACGGUGGAAAUUAUCAUUUUUGUGACGCCGGUGGUAUAAACAAUACCGUGGGAAUCUACAGAGAUGGCGGAUGGUCCACGCACGCUGUGGUUCCAGAGAACCAGGUUCAUGUGUUGCCCGAUGGGAUUCAAAUGCAUCAAGCAGCUCUCACCGAACCACUCUCGUGUUUGGCCCACGGAUGGGACAAAAUUAACCCCGUCCACGUUGGUCUUAAUGUGCUCGUAAUUGGCGCAGGAAUAAUCGGCCUUUUGUGGUCAUGUCUAUUGCAUUUGCACGGUCUCCGGAAAACAGUCACGGUCAGCGAGCCCCAAGAGAAGCGACGAAAUAUGGUGACGAAACUUGAUCUCGACUAUGAGGUGAAGAACCCGAAGGAAGUAAAAGAAGGAUUCGACCUGGUUGUGGAUUGUAGUGGUUCAGGGCCGGCUAUGGAAGCGGCUGUUCCUUUGUUAAGACGCGGUGGUCGUCUCUGUGUAUUUGGAGUCGCUAGUCCCAAUGCAAAAUUGACCAUCGAACCAUUCCAGACUGAUGUAAUUACGAAGGGAAGUUAUGCACGAUGUCAGGAAUCUAUAUAAAAUACUAUUUUAGGAAAAUCGACUGCGCACAUCCACAAUGUCUAUGUCGCAUGUGAACACGUAUUCACCCCUCUGCUAGUAUUUCAAGUUCGCAAGAAAAUCACUCGACAAUGUGAUACACAUGUACAUAUAUGAUCACGAUACGUAACAUGUGUUGUGCUCGUUCUGUAACCAUAGCGAUCCGAAAACCGUAUUGUCUCAUUACAUUCGUCGAUCGCAGACCUAUACAAAGGUUAAAAUCCUUGAUAUCCUUUCACGUGUGUAAGACAUGUAUACCAAUAAUUGUAUCACGUAUAGAUUCUAUACGAUGUAUCGAGUAUCUAUACAUUUCUGCUUGUACAUAACAUCCAACGUAAAAAGGGAAAAAGUGUUUCCAAAAGCAACGUUACCGUUGAGGUUAUUAUACGCGAGGUAACAUAAUGUAUGGAGAGGAUGACAAAUCUGUAUGAAAAACAUUCAUAGUCAUCCAUUACACACACAUACAUACACACACACCUGAAUGAAAUGACGUUUAUUUAGUUUGUGUAGAGCGCAGACGAAUUAGUAUGAACAUAUGUGGAAGAAUAUCGAAACACGAACCACGCUCGCGAAUACACGUGUGCCUAUUCGUACAAAGGUAUGUGUAUAGUUACUAUUCGUAAAUAACACACGCAUGGCCAUGUGUGCAAUAUAUAAGUAUCAUCCUACCACGAGGAGGUCAGUAUGUGUCACAGUAUUGCGGCGGAAGCAAGCGGCGUCACCUGACAAGCACGAACAUCGUAAAGGAUACCUUUAUAGUUCGAAAAUGUGAAAUCUUUGCUAAUCGUUAGUUUAAAAAGCAGCAAAUGGUUUGAUCGAUUGCAAUUAAGUAGAUGUGAUUACCGCUGGUGUUC